AUGGGAGACUUUGGCCCUGCAGUACAGCCACUACAGCCUACACCAGCAGGAACCCCUCAACCAGGCCCCUCCUCCAGCGAGAUUUCCGUCCUGAUAACUGGCUUCGGACCUUUUAAAUCUAACCUUGUGAACGCUUCCUACCUGAUCGCCUCAUCGCUUCCUUCCACCUUCACUCUUCCUUCGAAGGACGGCUCCUUGAACCGUCGCAUCUCCCUCCAUGUCCACCCCACCCCGAUCCUGGUAGCUUACGCCACCGUGCGGGAAAGCUUACCCGCAAUCCUGAAAGAGUACGCUGGUGCGCACGGCGGCCAGCGUCCGGACCUCAUUGUUCAUAUUGGCAUCGCCGCGCCACGCCUAUACUACUCAGUGGAGUCGCUGGCUCAUCGCGAUGACUACAACAUCACCGAUAUCAACGGGCGCACGGGCUACGAAGACGGCGAGAAGCGGUGGAGAGAGAUGGGGCUCCCGUCUAUCCUGAAGCCUGGCCUUUCGGAUGCUGCUACUGCCUCCACUUCGCUCGUUGCCCCAUACCCACCCAAUGAUCGGUUCUUGAAACAUUGGAAGGCCCUUGCGCCACCCGAUACUGACAUCCGUGUCUCCCAUGAUGCGGGUCACUACCUUUGUGACUUCAUUUAUUAUACCAGCAUGUCCUUGGCGUACCGUGCAAAUCAGGACCGGAGUAUUCUCUUCUUACACGUCCCUGGUGCUUCUGAGGAUGCCGAUAUUGAGCGCGGUCGUGCGAUCACCAUCGCUUUGAUCAAGAGUAUGGUGACUUGCUGGAUUGAUGAGAAUCGCCAUUAA